AUGUCUCGAGUUCAACAGUAUUGGCUUCCAGGAUAUGGUCUGUCCCGGCACAUCGUCCUCGGACAUAUCCACUACUUCCUGGGCCCGUCCGCUUCAGUUAGGCCGUACAGUUAUCAGGGGCGCGAAGGUUACCUCAUCACGGGCAUGCCUCUUACUCGGGACCAAAUCGACGACCUUGCAGCUAUGUCUCGGGAAUAUGAGAAGCAGGAAGCACUGCGAAUGACCAAUCAGAGUCCUAGUGCUGGUGCUAGCAGCAAUAAUGGGGAUGGCUCGUCGCGACAGCCGACGGAGCCGUAUAUCAACGAGAUCAUUCCAGUGGAUCCUAAUCGGGCGCGCAGACGCCCUGGCGAACAAGACUUCCGGAACAGCCGUUGA